AUGUACAUCGGAGAAACUUGGCCAUCAAGACGCCAUGCAACGAGGAAUGUCCAUCGAUCUUCAAUCAUUAACGUUAAUCUCCCCUGCAGAGAUGUGUGCUUCUCUUACAAAAAUGAUACCUCUGCUCUAAAAAACAUCUCGCUCUCCAUCAAAUCCGGACAACUCGUUGCCGUCGUCGGGACCAACGGAAGUGGCAAAUCCACACUAAUCAAACUCUUGACUAGAUUGAUUGAACCGACGUCUGGGACGAUUAUUGUUGACGGGCAUAGUAUCUCAGACUACAAGCUAGCGGAUUUCCGUCGGGCCACCGCUUGCUUCAUGCAGGACCAUGAAAUCUUCCCGCUUUCUUUCUGGGAGAACGUCCGUAUGGGCGAUGUCGACUACAUAUGCAGCGAUGACGAGAUCAUGAACGCCAUCCGCAAAGGUGGGGCUGAGGAUAUCCUGACCGGGAUGACCGAAGGAGACGCUACCAUCUUAAGAAAUGAUGAGGGGCCAAGUGGCGACUAUCGAAAAUGCAAUUUCUAUUCUUCAGAUGCCAACGAGAAUCAUCCUUUGCUGCCUCAAUGGAAAGCGCUAGAGAAGGAUGUUAAAGUUUCGGGCGGAGAGAAGCAGCGAAUAGUAGCUGCGAGAACAUUCAUGCGCUUCCACUCCGGAAAGGUCAACUUCGUAGCGGUAGAUGAAGCUAGUUCGGCUCUAGACGCUGCGGGCGAAGCCCAACUCUUUGAGAACUUGGUCGCCGAAAGAGCAGGGAAAACAAUAGUCAUUGUUACGCACCGGUUCGGACCCUUGACACGUCGUGCUGAUCUCAUCCUGUGCAUGAAGGAUGGACGUUUGUACGAGUCUGGGCGACAUGAUGAGCUACUGGCGCUGAACGGAGAAUAUGCGAGGCUCUACAAUAUCCAGGCGGGCGAGUUCACGAAUGAUAUUGACACGGAUUCAGAGAAGUAA